GCCACCAUUUCAAGACGCGGCAGGGCCGGGAGAGGGCCCGGGACUCCACUUCCCGGCAGGCCGUGCGGCUCAAGGGGCGGAACUCCAUUUCCCAGCAGGCUCCAGGCGGCGGGCGCCGUGGUGCCUUGUGUGGGAUGUAAGCGCGGAGGCCGAGGCCCGCCGCCAUGGGGCUGAAGGCCGCCCAGAAGACGCUGUUCCCGCUGCGCUCCAUCGACGACGUGGUGCGCCUGUUCGCUGCCGAGCUGGGCCGAGAGGAACCGGACCUGGUGCUCCUAUCCUUGGUACUGGGCUUCGUGGAGCAUUUCCUAGCUGUCAACCGCGUCAUCCCCACCAAUGUGCCCGAGCUCACCUUCCAGCCCAGCCCCGCGCCCGACCCUCCUGGCGGCCUUACCUACUUCCCCGUGGCCGACCUGUCCAUCAUCGCCGCGCUGUAUGCCCGCUUCACCGCCCAGAUCCGUGGCGCCGUCGACCUGUCUCUCUACCCGCGAGAGGGGGGUGUCUCCAGCCGAGAACUGGUGAAGAAGGUCUCCGAUGUCAUCUGGAACAGCCUCAGCCGCUCCUACUUCAAGGAUCGGGCCCACAUCCAGUCCCUCUUCAGCUUCAUCACAGGCACUAAACUGGACAGUUCUGGUGUGGCCUUUGCUGUGGUGGGGGCCUGCCAGGCUCUGGGUCUCCGGGAUGUCCACCUCGCCCUGUCUGAGGACCACGCCUGGGUAGUGUUUGGGCCCAACGGAGAACAGACAGCUGAGGUCACUUGGCAUGGCAAGGGCAACGAGGAUCGCAGGGGCCAGACGGUCAACGCGGGUGUGGCCGAGCGGAGCUGGCUGUACCUGAAAGGAUCGUACAUGCGCUGUGACCGCAAGAUGGAGGUGGCGUUUAUGGUGUGUGCCAUCAACCCUUCCAUUGACCUGCACACCGACUCCCUGGAGCUGCUGCAGCUGCAGCAGAAGCUGCUCUGGCUGCUCUAUGACCUGGGACAUCUGGAAAGGUACCCCAUGGCACUGGGGAACCUGGCAGAUCUGGAGGAACUGGAACCCACCCCUGGCCGACCAGACCCACUCACCCUCUACCACAAGGGCAUUGCCUCGGCCAAGACCUACUACCGGGAUGAGCACAUCUACCCCUACAUGUACCUGGCUGGCUACCACUGUCGCAACCGCAACGUGCGCGAAGCCCUGCAGGCCUGGGCUGACACGGCCACGGUCAUCCAGGACUACAACUACUGCCGCGAGGACGAGGAGAUCUACAAGGAGUUCUUUGAAGUAGCUAAUGAUGUCAUCCCCAACCUGCUGAAGGAGGCGGCUAGCCUGCUGGAGGCCGGCGAGGAGCGGCCAGGGGAGCAGACCCAGGGUGCCCAGAGCCAGAGUUCAGCCCUCCAGGAUCCAGAGUGCUUCGCCCACCUGCUGCGAUUCUAUGAUGGCAUCUGCAAAUGGGAAGAGGGCAGCCCCACGCCCGUGCUGCACGUGGGCUGGGCCACCUUCCUCGUGCAGUCCCUAGGCCGAUUUGAGGGGCAGGUGCGGCAGAAGGUGCGCAUAGUGAGCCGAGAGGCCGAGGCGGCCGAGGCGGAAGAGCUGUGGGGCGAGGAAGCCCGGGAAGGACGGCGGCGAGGCCCGCGGCGUGAGUCCAAGCCAGAGGAGCCGCCGCCGCCUAAGAAACCGGCGCUGGACAAGGGCCCGGGCUCCGGCCAGGGUGCCACGUCAGGACCCCCGCGGAAACCCCCAGGGACAGUCCCAGGCACUGCCCGCGGCCCAGAAGGAGGCAGCGCGGCUCCAGCCCCUGCGCCCGCAGCGUCACCACCACCGGAGGGGCCGGUGCUCACUUUCCAGAGCGAGAAGAUGAAGGGCAUGAAGGAGCUGCUGGUGGCCACCAAGAUCAACUCGAGCGCCAUCAAGCUGCAGCUCACCGCGCAGUCGCAAGUGCAGAUGAAGAAGCAGAAGGUGUCUACACCUAGCGACUACACUCUUUCCUUCCUCAAGCGCCAGCGCAAAGGCCUCUGAGCCACCCCAGACUCCCUGUCAACCCUUGUGGUGGGGGGAAGAGGGCGCUCAGUCCCGGAGGGAGGCCCCACCCCAGGCACCCCCCUCCCCGCCCUGUGAGCCCUGCCUCCGCGGGGGAGGGGGAGGGGCCGAGGGGGGGGGGCCCCGAGGUGGCCUAAGCCGGUCCUCCGAGCCCCACCCCCACCCGGAACCCAGGCUGCAAGUUCUCGGAGUACAGACUACUCCAGGGCUCUGCCCGCCAUUGGAAUAUAGAUCCCAUCCCCCAGAAUCCCAGACGGCCAAUGGGAACCUCACUUUGAGCUCCAUCAUUAAUCCUUAAAGGUCCAAGCACUGGAAACAGACCCCACCUCAGAACCGAGGCUCUAACCUUAGGCCAGACCAGGGUUGCUCCCGAUUGCUCCCAGCCCUACACCCAAGAAGCACAGGACCCGCCUCCAACCCGGGAACCUGGGACUCGGCUCAGCCUCUAGUAGUACAUUUCCGCGCUUCAGGAUUCCAUCCCUUGGGAACCCAACGCCCCCCCCCCCCCCCCCCCAACACACACACUCAAAAGAACUUCAACUUUCAGAGUUUGGAAAUUCUAGCUUCUUCCCCUCUAUCCUGCGAGUCUGGGACACGAAACGCAGUCUCCGGCCUGUGAAUCCUGAGCCCCGCCCCCUUCCUGACCAAACUGGCCGCAGAUCAGAGCAGACCUCUUUCCGACCCUCUGGGAACCUCCCCGAGGUCCAGCCCGUCUCAAGGGACUCUGGAGGAAAUCUGCGGGGGUUUGCGAGUGGGUGAGGGGAGCCUGAUCUCUUCCUGUUUUGUACAUAGAUUUAUUUUUCAGUUUCAAGGAAGAUGAAUACAUUUUGUAAAAAAAAAAAGAAAAAGUACACGUCCGU